AAGUAAGGCCAGUAGGCUACUUUUUAGCUGUGGUUGAUUUAGGGCUGUUUGAUUUCCUGAGCUGUGAAGCCAAUACCCUUCUUUGACGUCAGGCGCGAGACCAGCAGCCUCAACUGAUAUAGCGCUGCGCAUAGAGCCAAACAGCCCAUUAAGAGGGAGAAGGGAUUCUUGAGCUUUGCGCAGUCAGAUUCCAGUGUUGACUCGUGGAUGUUGAACAAUAUUAUCUGAAGUUCUCCCUUGGCCGAUCGGAUUGACAGUUUAGGAUAGGAUGCCCCUUGGAGAUCUCGAGGACGGGAAUGGAUGGAAAAAGAAGACGUCAGACAUCAAAGAAAACUACGACUUCAAAGAAAUUCUGGGAACGGGGGCGUUCUCGGAGGUGGUGCUAGCGGAGGAGAAGGGGACCCAGAGGCUGGUGGCCAUCAAGUGUAUCCCCAAGAAGGCUCUGCAGGGAAAGGAGAACAACAUCGAGAAUGAGAUCGCUGUGCUGCACAGAAUCAAGCACACCAACAUUGUUUCACUGGAGGAUAUAUUUGAGAGCACAUCCCACUUGUACCUGGUCAUGCAGCUGGUGUCUGGAGGGGAGCUGUUUGACCGCAUCGUAGAGAAGGGUUUCUACACGGAGAGAGACGCCAGCCAACUCAUCCACCAGAUCCUGGACGCUGUCAAAUACCUCCAUGACAUGGGCAUCGUACACAGGGACCUGAAGCCAGAGAAUCUGUUGUACUACAGUAUGGACGAGGACUCUAAGAUCAUGAUCAGUGACUUCGGCCUGUCUAAGAUCGAGGAUACAGGCAGUGUCAUGUCUACAGCCUGUGGGACCCCGGGAUACGUGGCUCCUGAGGUGUUGGCUCAGAAACCGUACAGCAAAGCAGUAGACUGCUGGUCCAUCGGAGUCAUCUCUUAUAUUCUGUUGUGUGGCUACCCUCCGUUUUACGACGAGAACGAUGCUAAGCUGUUUGAGCAGAUACUGAAGGCAGAGUAUGAGUUUGACUCUCCUUACUGGGAUGACAUCUCCGAUUCAGCUAAAGACUUUAUCUGUCACCUGAUGGAGAAAGACUUCAUGAAGAGAUAUACCACUGAUCAAGCACUUCAACACCCCUGGAUCUGUGGAGACACAGCUCUUGAUAAAAACAUCCAUGAGUCUGUCAGUGCUCAGAUCAAGAAGAACUUUGCUAAAAGUAAAUGGAAGCAAGCGUUCAACGCCACAGCGGUGGUGAGACACAUGCGGAGACUGCAGCUGGGUACCAGCCUAGAGGGCCCCAGCCAGAUCACCCCCACCAGCCCCUGUCACGCCCAAGCACUCCUGCUGCAGGAGGAGGAUGAGGAGGAGGAGGAAGAAGAGGGACCGGGGGUAGAGGAGGAGAGCUUGUCGCAGAGGCGCGGGAGUGCAGAAGGCAGUGCCGACCGGGACAGUCUGAGGAGUUGCACCUACUGCUGCAGGCCAGCAAGUCGUGUCUGAGUAGCCACAGACCCCGCCCCCCUGUCGCCAUGGGGAUAUGUAUGUUUCUAUGGAGCCACCCAGAGCCGGCCCAGUCUGGCCAUGAAUGCAGAGUGAUGUUAUGACAUGCUGUGUCCACUAGAGGGACACAACCAUUCAGGCAGCGUUUCCAGGCACGAAAGACCAUUUGUUUCCGUAUCACUGAAGCCAAUACCAGUUCAUCAUCAUCAACAUUCAAACCACUACUACUUUCUUCUUUCCAUUGUAAUGUUUAUUUUUCUUCUUCGAUUGUUCCACUUGGAUCAUGAAUCAUCCGUAUCUUACCUGUGUUUCAGUUUUGAUGCUUCCAUCCCCAUGAGAAACACUUCAGAGUUUAUGAGUGAGUUGACUGCAGGACUCUGGAUUGACUCUGUAUUCUGGUUCAGACUGGGGUCGUAAAAAGCGCUUCUGGUUCGAGGCAUCUGCAUGCUUCGGUUGGAUGAUAAAAUGUGAAAUGUGUGGAUAUAAAAGGGAGACUUAAAAAAAAAAAAAAUCUUAUGGCUGUUCUGUUACCAGAGGUUCACACUGAGAUCCCUAUGACAACAAACGGACUGCAUAGCCUAUCAGAUUAAUCCUAUACACCCUCUCAGCCAAUGGGCAUGUCCAUAGUAACCACACCCACUUAACAUGUGAGUUGGGGCACAUGGUUUGAUGUUGAGACCAUUUCAGUUAGGAGUAGUUUGCAAAUAAACUCCACUUGAUAAGGAAUCAAGUCAGUUGUAUGCAUGACACCUCUAGCCGCAAAGGUCCCUAAAUGUUAUGAUCAUUUAAACGUGCCGCCGAUUUUACACCCCUAUCCUUCGUGGUGGGAGGGAUCUCAGUGUGUGUGUUCACUGUCUGCUCUGUACUGUGCACCUCUCUCUUGUGAAAGAAGUAUCGGUCUACCGUCUGCAUGACUUGGUUCUAAUAUGUUUACAUGAAUGAUGAUCCACAUAUAAAUAUUUUAAAAAAAAACACGUGUAUGAUUAUUAUUACUACUCUGUUGUCCUGAUCAACAAAAUAUAUAAUGUAAUUCUGAAAACUAUAUAAUGUGAAGUGAGAAUCACCAGUCGGAUGUUCUGUUGUUGACAGCGUACGUACGUGCUGCACAGUCUGAACUGUAACUUUACCUUAACCUCUGCAUUGUCCAUAUGAUGGUCAUAUCUCUACCCCAGUGGCACACUGGCACCAUUUCCCUGGUAACCAUGUUGAUUUAGUUUAAAUGACAACUCUAGGAUGUUCUAUAAGUCGUUGUGGGAGUCUAUUUGUUUUGUCCACUGAAGGUUUUGUAGUUUGUCUCAACAUACUGAAUAGUCCCUGACCCCUCUCUUGCCCUGGUACUGUGUAACCGUUUCGAUUGUAACAUAAAACAUGUUGCGUGAACACGACAGACUUGAGUUAAAAUACUAUUUCAAAUAUUUCAAAUACUUUGAGCGUUUGCUUAGGAGUGGAACGAGAAACCAGUUCUCUAACGGCAAUGACAAGACAGAAUGCAGUCUGAUUAAAAAUCUCAAAGUACAGUGUUACUUGAUAUGAUUACGGUUUCAACACAUCAGUAAGGCUGACGAUGGAAAGCCAACUGGGGAAGCCUAUUAUAAUCUGUUUUGUUCAUGCCAAACGGCUGUUCAGAUUGGAUACCAAAUCCUUAUUGUUUAGUUGAAUCAGAGGUACUGCUAGCCAAAACCUUAUAGUUGGACCUGGUUUAGGCCAAUGGGGACCUGUGUUUGGUCCUUAGCAGUGACUUCAUGAGGUUAUAAUUGGUCAAAAGAUGUUGGCCAGUCAUAGAAGGCAAUCAUUCUGGCUUUAUAAGUGACUGACUGACUGCAGAGUGGAAAAUAUGCAAACCAUGUGUGAAGGGCUUCAUGUUAAAUGUUUGGUGUAGUUGCUGUUGAUGACUUUAUUAACCUAAUAACCUGUGUUCAUUUAUUUCGUAUAGACCUUCUGUUGAACCUUUCCUUGGUUUUGUUUCCCCUUGGUUCCGAUUUGUUAAAAAAAUAAACAGAUUUAUUUGACUCAUGACAAACAUUUAAAUGCAUAAAGAAACACGUGUAUAUUAUAUAUAAGUAUAUAUAUUGUAUAUCCUUUUUUGUAAAAGCUGUUUUGAGCUACUAAUGUAUGGAUGCAAUGCAUCAUGGGUUAUUGAUCAACAUGUAUGAAAGGAGAUAAUGAUUUGUACCAUCGGAGGAGAUAUGAUCGCAGGAAAUGAAAUUAAACUUCCUUGUCUAUGCA